CUUUAAUCCUGACAAGAAUUGACAGGAUUUUUCAAACCUUUUCUUGACUUGCUGCAUGAUUAGCUCUUUUUAUUAACUCUGUUCAGUUUUAGUUACUAAUUUUGCAGAAAAAUGGCUCCUCUUAAGACACUUAAUAAGCAACAACUUCCAGCUAAUAAUGUGAAUAUAGGAGGAGUUAAAACAAGGAGUCAUCUUACCUCAAUGAAAAAAGAAGUUCUCCCGAAGAGAAAAGCUGACGAUUCACCCUUAAAAAGAGCUACUGUUAAAAGAUCAGCAUUAGUUGACAUAAAAAAUGAAUUAAAAGAAAAUGUUGAAAAUGAAAAAGGGGUUUAUCAAAAGACUGCUGUUAAUAGAAAAACCUCUGUCACAGCUAAUGUGCCCAAGAAACCAUUGGGCACUCUUAAUGUUAAAAAAACCGUUUCCUGGAUACCUAAAAAAGAAGCAACUAAAGUCAGUAUAUCUAACCCAGUUCAGGUUAAGGUCACAGAAAGCCUCUUACCAAAACCGAAAAUGGUCGAGAAAAUACUGAUAAACAAAAAGCCUGAGAUAGCUCCUGCUGCAACAAAGAAAACAGAAAUCUUAUCUACCUUGUCGACUGGUGUUGUAACAAGAAGAGCUAGUCGAAGUUCUGAACUGGAGAAAUCGUCUGAAAGUUCAUUAUAUGUAUCUGCUCUAGAGGAUUUGAAUCUUGAUGAAAACAAGAAAGUAUCAUCGAAGCGUCAAGUGCGGAAACCCAAACCACCACUUGGUGUUGACGAUUAUGAUCAGGAACAAAUGAGUGAUUUAGGAAGUGUUGCUAUGUAUGCAAUGGAUAUUUUCAACUAUCUUAAAUCAAGAGAGAAUCACUUCAAGAUUAAUGAUUAUAUGUGUAAACAGACUUCCAUUAACAAAUCAAUGAGAGCACUGCUCAUUGAUUGGAUGGUGGAAAUCCAAGAAAAUUUUGAAUUGAACCACGAAACUUUAUAUCUUGCGGUUAAAAUUGUUGAUUUAUAUCUUUCCAAAGUUAAAAUUCAAAAAGAAGACCUACAACUUGUUGGGUGUGCUAGUUUAUUUAUUGCCUCCAAAUAUGAUGAGAGAAUUCCUCCCAUGCUUGAUGAUUUCUUGUACAUUUGUGAUCAUUUGUAUGAUGCUAAAGAUGUUUUAAGUAUGGAGAUAAAGCUACUUAAAAACCUGGACUUUCAAUUAGGAAUACCAUUAUCUUAUAGAUUUUUAAGAAGAUACGCAAGAUGUGCCAAAAUAGACAUGCCAUUACUAACAUUAGCGAGAUUCAUCUUGGAAUAUUCAUUAAUGGAUUAUUCGACUGUAACUUAUUCAGAUUCAAAAAUGGCUGCUGCGGCACUUCUGUUGGCUAUUAUCAUGAAACAAGGAGGAAGGUGGACACCUACUCUGGAAUAUUAUUCAGGAUAUAAGGUUGACGACUUUAAAGACGUCGUUAUUGCCCUGAAUGGAGUACUCCAUAAAAAACAAAAUGAUAAAAUCAAAACUGUCAGAACAAAAUAUUCUCACAAAAUAUUUUUUGAAGUUGCCAAAAUACCCCUCGUAGACGAUUUGAAGUUGUAGCCGAUAUACUAAACAGUGAAGACAGUAAGGGAAAAAUUUAGAUCCUCAUACACCUGCUGACUGUGGAUAGCCACAGUUUAUUUAAUGACAUUGGGCCAUUUGAAACUGUUCUUGAAGUCGGUGGGAACUUCAUGUUUAUAGCCUAGUUGGACCCUAAGAGAUCGUUGACGGAGAUAAAUAGUCCAACUGCUAAAAGAGUGUAAUAUUUGAAUAAAAUUUUUAUGUUCGAUCCU